UUGGGGGUAUUGCAGAAUUUCUUAAAGUUUUGGGUUAAUAAUAAAUACAUGGGGAAAAUUAAUUCUCAGUAUAAUCGUAGUCCUUGUAAAGAGGAAAAGACUUCGAGCAAUUACUGCCGAUUAGUGACGCUCCGGCGAUCCGGCGGCGACGAAGGAACUGGAAACUUCGGUAUUAAUGUUUGUGGAGUAGGCGAGAUGCGGCGGAGAUUCGAUGCAGGGGCUCCACCACCAACAGCAGCAACUAGCGGCGCUCCUUACCACGGCACUACCGAAGGAUGACUCAUCGAAGACCGGGCCGACUUCGUCUACAUCAGUAGCGGCGUCUUCGCCUCCUAAGGAAGAGGAAUCUUCGCGCCUCGCCGCCAUUGGCUCUCUUCAUCGUGCCAUACUGUAUCCUCAUAACUCGCUUCUCGUUACUCACUCUGCUCCCUUCCUCGCGCAAGGCUUCUCCCAGCUCCUAAGCGAUAAGGUGUAUUCUGUGCGCCACGAAGCAGCCACAGCUUAUGGUGCUCUGUGUUCUGUCUUAUGUUCAUUAUCUAUGGCCUCUAAUGGAAGACAGAACAAUGCUAUGCUUGGCAGUACAAUCGACAGAUAUAUAGGAUGGUCACUGCAAUCUUUGAGUAUUGGAGACGGGUCGUUGGAAUUAGCACUUGAGAGUCUUAACGAGUUUCUUAAUGUUGGGGAGAUUGGAGCCAUUGAGAGAUAUGCACUUCCAAUUCUUAAAGCUUGCCAGGAACUUCUUGAGGACGAUAGAACUUCACCAAGUUUGUUGCCCAGGCUUCUUGGUGUGCUAACAUUAAUCUCAUUAAAGUUUUUCAGAUGCUUCCAACCACAUUUCAUGGACAUUGUUGAUCUUCUUAUUGGGUGGGCUUUGAUACCCGACAUUGCUGACUCUGAUAAGCUUGUAAUUAUGGAUAGUUUUCGACAAUUUCAGAAACAUUGGGUGAACAAUAUGCAGUUUUCUCUGGGAUUGCUGUCCAAGUUUUUAGGUGACAUGGAUGCAUUACUCCAUGAUGGAAGUCCUGGUUCCCCCCAACAGUUUAAAAGAUUGCUUGCCCUUUUGUCUUGUUUUUGCACAGUUCUGCAAUCGGUGGCCUCUGGUUUAUUGGAAAUAAAUUUUCUUGAACAAAUAAGUGAACCCCUUUCUCAAAUGGUGCCUGCUUUACUUGGAUGCUUGUCUAUGGUUGGGAGAAAGUUUGGGUGGUCAAAAUGGAUUGAGGAUUCUUGGAGAUGCUUGACAUUGUUGGCAGAAAUAUUAAGUGGAAGUUUUUCUACAUUUUACCCUAUCGCUGUAGAUUUAUUGAAUCAAAGCUUAGUAACAAGCCCAACUGUGGGGACCCAAAAAAUUACUUCAUUCCAGAUUCAUGGUGUUCUUAAAACAAAUCUGCAAUUGUUGUCACUCCAAAAGUUUGGGCUCAUGUCAUCAUCUGUUCAAAAGAUAUUGCAAUUUGACGGACCCAUAUCUCAGUUGCGGUUACAUCCCAAUCAUCUUGUAACUGGAAGCGCUGCAGCCACAUAUGUUUUCUUACUUCAACAUGGGAAGAAUGAUGUUGUGGAAAUAACUAUGGAUUCAUUGUUUCAGGAGCUACAGUUAUUAGGGUGCAAGCUUGAAAAUAAUUUAUGCAAGCAGGGUGACCAUGAAGUAAUGGAAGUUUUUAAUAAUUAUUCUAAAGAUGAGCUGAUCAUGUUGAUAAAGUUUGAUCUGAAAGUGCUAUUAAGCUGUGUGACUUUGGGAGGAUGCGGCAAUUCUACUGGGCAAGCAAAAGUGGAUGUUUUAUCUGUUAGUAGGACAGAAAAGUUGGUAUCCUUUUUAGCUGACAAGUUAGAUCCUUUUAAUUCUCCUAUCAAAGGCAGUAUACAGUUGCAAGCUACUCUUCUUAGAACCAUUGGAAUGCUAUCAGCCAUAGAAUUUUUUGGUAAAUGCUCCGUAGAGAUACAAAAUGGUGGCCUGGUUUAUCUUGAAGCAUCGUCUGGAAAAGAUGGAGAGGAAGCUGUGGGAGAUCUAUAUUCUAAAGUGGUGUUUGGUCAUCUGAGGAGGUACAAUAGGCUCCUAAUUAAAGCACUUGAAAGUUCUUCUCCUUUGGCUGUCAAAAUGGAAGCCUUGAAAUGGAUGCAUAAAUUUUGUGAAGAUGUCAUUAACACACACAAAAAAAUAAAGAAUCCAUUUUACCCUUGUCAACCAGUUGAAUACUGGAAAAUCAUCCAAGAUUUGCUCUACUCAACAUUAAUUGCCGCUUCAGACAGAGAACCCGAAGUCAGAUCUCUAGUAGCCACUGUGAUUGAGAUGCUUCUGCAAGCCAAAAUUAUACAUCCUAUCCACUUCCCAGUUAUUGCUGAGACGAUCCUUGAACGAGUUGGUGAUCCAGAAAAACACAUAAAAAAUGCAUAUCUUAAUUUGCUUUGUUCUGUGCUACCUUUGACAACCUUUGUGUGUGGCCUUUGUGACUCUGGAGAUAUUAACACAUGUAAGCCUCAGAGUUCUGCUUCUACCAAUAAAUCGUCCUUGCACUGGAAACAAGUUUUUGCCCUUAAGCAGCUUCCCCAGCAGUUCCAUUCGCAGCAGCUUGUUUCUGUUUUGAGCUUUAUUUCUCAGAGAUGGAAAGUGCCCUUAUCUUCUUGGAUCCAGCGGCUGAUUCACACCUGCCAGAGCAAGAAGUACCAACUGUUGACUCAUCCGGAGGAAACUCAGAUGUUUGGUGGCAACGGUUUAUGGUGGGAAAUCAAAGUAGAGCAAGAUAUUCUUGAAAGAGUUUGCACAGUUAAUCUUCUAGCUGGCGCCUGGUGGUCUAUACAUGAAGCAGCUAGAUUUUGCAUUACUACUCGCCUUCGAACUAACCUUGGUGGGCCAACUCAAACUUUUGCUGCUUUGGAGCGGAUGCUUCUUGACGUGUCUCAUGUCUUACAUCUAGAGACAGAACAAAGUGACGGAUCUUUAAAUAUAACAGGAUCUUAUGCUCAUUUACUGCCUAUGAGAUUAUUGCUAGAAUUUGUUGAGGCAUUGAAGAAACAAGUAUAUAAUGCAUAUGAAGGAUCUGCGAUCUUAGCUCAUGCUUCCCGGACAAGCUCCUUAUUUUUCAGAUCAAACAAGAAAGUUUGUGAGGAGUGGUUUUCUCGAAUAAGUGAGCCAAUGAUGGAUGCUGGACUUGCGCUCCAGUGUCAUUAUGCUACUAUUCAUUACUGCACAAUGCGAUUGCAGGAUCUCAGCAGCCUUCUGGCUUCAGCAUUGGCAGAGAACUCAAGAAUCCAGAUAAGUGAAAAUCUGCACAAUAUCAGAGGAAGAUAUGCUGGAGAUAUAUUGAGAAUCAUGCAGAGCUUGGCACUUGCUUUGUGCAAGAACAAUGAACCAGAUGCAUUGGUCGGGCUGCAGAAAUGGGCGACCAAGGUAUUCUCUCCCUUGUUUUCAGAUGGAAGCCAGGGUCCAAGAGUUGACAUAAGUGGGGGGGAUUUUCCAUGGAUUGAGGGGCUUGUAUAUCAAGCAAGAGGCCAACAUGAAAAAGCAGCAGCUUACUAUAUCCAUUUGUUACAGACUGAAGAAUCGCUUGCUUCCAUGGGUUCUAAUGGUGUGCAAUUCUCCAUUGCACGCAUUAUUGAGAAUUACACAUGCAUUUCUGAUUGGAAGUCUCUGGAAUCCUGGUUAUUAGAGCUGCAAACUAUUCGCUCAAAGCAUGCUGGCAGGAAUUUUUCUGGAGCUCUGACCACUGCUGGAAAUGAACUGAAUUCAAUUCAAGCUUUGGCUUGUUUUGAUGAGGGGAAUUUCCAGGCAGCAUGGUCAUACCUUGACUUGACUCCAAAAAGUAGCAAUAAAAUCACACUUGAUCCCAAAUUGGCUUUGCAAAGAAGUGAACAAAUGCUUUUGCAGGCAAUGCUUCUUCAAAUGGAGGGGAAAGUAGAUGAAGUUCCUCUUGAGUUGCAAAAAGCCAGAUUGAUGUUGGAGGAGCCAUUUUCUGUUUUGCCACUUGAUGGGCUGGUGGAGGCAGCUCCACAUGUCAACCAGUUGUAUUGCAUUUCUGUGUUUGAAGAGGCUUGCAAUCUUGAAGUCUCCAAGAGUGGGCCUUUCAAUUCAUUACUAAGUACAUAUAUGCAAACCCUGCAAUUCCCCUGUAAUCAAGUUCAUCAAGAGUGCAGUUUGUGGCUAAAGGUUUUGCGUGUUUAUCAAAACACUCUUCCAAAUUCACUUGUGACUCUACAGCUCUGUAAAAAUUUAGUAACUUUAGCUCGGAAGCAGAGAAACCUAAUGUUGGCUACCCGUCUCAACAAUUACCUCAAAAAGCAUGUCUCGCUCUGUUCAGAUGAAAGCUUUUGUGAUUAUUUCACGUCCUCUAUGAAAUAUGAGGACAUUUUGCUUCUGCGAGUUGAAAACAGGCUUGAGGAUGCAUUUAAAGAUCUUUGGUCGUUUGUGCAUCCUUUAGUGACUUCUUCAUCACAUGAAGCAUGUGCUCAUGAGAAUGUUUUGAAGGCCAAGGCGUGCUUGAAACUUUCAAAUUGGUUGAAAGAAAAUGGUUUGAGUAAAAACUUGGAGGGUGCUAUUCUUGAGAUGCAAUCUGACUUAAACAAGAUUGGGAUUGCUUCCCAAGGCAAAGAGGCAGCCACCUCUGCUGAUGCUAAUCAAUGCUCUAAAAUAGGAAUGCAUCUUGUUAUAGAGGAACUUGUUGGUACCGCUAGAAAGUUGUCCACACUUAUUUGUCCAAGGAUGGGAAAAUCAUGGAUUCUGUAUGCCUCCUGGUGUUAUACUCAAGCUAGUGCGUCCGUCUCAUCCAACUGUGAGACUGUUCUUUGUUCUUGUUCUUUUUCUCCCAUCCUCAAUAAUGAAAUCAAACCUGAGAGAUUUGUGUUAACCGAGGGUGAGCAGUUGCAUGUUAAACACAUAGUCCUACAGCUUGUUCAAGAAAGAUUGAAUGCGGAGGAGUUGAAUGAAGAAAGAGGAGAUUGCAACAAUUUGAUUAAUGAAUUCACGCAGAGUGACAAUGAAAUGAAUCUUUUAUUGCAGAAAAUAGUAGAUGUUAUUGAAACUGCGGCUGGAACACCAGGGGCAGAAGACUGCAGUAGCAAUGCAAUAUCUUCUUGGCUAUCUUCCGAAUUGCAAAAAUGUCUUAAUUAUGCUAAUAUGACACUAGAUGAAACCAAAUCAGCAUCUGCAGUGGCUGAUUUGAUCGAUGUAUGGCGGUCUUUGAGGUGGAGACGCGUUUCUUUGUUUGGUCAGGCAGCUCAAGCGUUUAUCAACUAUCUUUCAUUUUCAUCUUUGAAAAGCUUUGAUGGACAAUUAACUGGUCGUGAUGUUGAUUUGAAAUCCAAGUAUGUGAGUUAUACCCUGAAGGCCAUGCUCUAUGUGUUGCAUAUCCUGGUCAAUUAUGGAGUUGAAUUGAAAGAUACUCUUGAAUCUGCUCUUUCAAAGGCCCCUUUGCUUCCCUGGCAGGAAAUAACACCUCAAUUAUUCGCCCGAUUAAGUUCACAUCCAGAUGAAGUGGUCAGAAAACAGUUGGAGGCAUUGCUCAUCAUGCUGGCAAAACUUUCCCCAUGGUCUUUAGUUUACCCGACUCUUGUUGAUGCAAAUUCUCCUGAAAAGGAACCUUCCGAGGAGCUUCAGAAUAUUCUCUCUUUCUUGAAUAAGCUCUAUCCAGGAUUAGUACAAGAUGCUCAAUUGAUGAUAAAAGAACUUGAAAAUGUAACUGUUCUUUGGGAGGAAUUAUGGCUUGGCACACUCCAGGAUCUUCAUGCAGAUGUUAUGAGGCGCAUCAACUUGUUGAAGGAGGAGGCUGCACGAAUUGAAGAGAAUAUAACUCUGACUCGUGCGGAGAAGAAGAAGAUUAAUGCUGCAAAGUACUCGGCCAUGAUGGCUCCCAUUGUUGUAGUCUUGGAGCGUCGAUUGACUUCUACUUCUCGGAGACCUGAAACACCUCACGAGUUGUGGUUUUUUGAGGAGUAUCAAGAACAAAUCAAAUCAGCUGUUACAAAACUUAAAACUCCUCCUGUAUCUGUUGCAGCAUUGGGGGAUGUUUGGCGACCAUUUGAGGCCAUAGCUUCCUCCUUGGCAUCUUACCAGAGGAAGUCAUCCAUUUCUUUCAGGGAAGUUGCACCGCAGUUAGCUUCUUUGUUGAACUCAAAUACUCCAAUGCCUGGUCUUGAGAGAAAACUGAUGAUAUCUGAGUCGGAGAGUAGCUCAAACAACUUUCACCCGGAAAUAGUGACAAUCGGUUCUUUCUCUGAACAAUUAGCCAUUUUACCAACUAAAACUAAGCCAAAAAAGCUUGUAUUGGUGGGUUCAGAUGGGCUGAAGUAUACAUAUCUCUUGAAAGGACGAGAAGACCUCCGCCUUGAUGCCAGAAUCAUGCAGCUAUUGCAAUCUGUAAAUGGUUUUCUGCAGUCAUCUUCGGCUACACGUGGGCAGUCACUUGCAAUUCGUUAUUACUCUGUGACUCCAAUAAGUGGACGAGCUGGUCUCAUUCAGUGGGUAGAUAACAUGAUUAGCAUUUAUAGUGUCUUUAAAUCAUGGCAGCACAGAGCCCAAUUACAACAGCUUUCUGCAACGGGUGCUGAUACAAAUAAUGUAGUUCAUCCGCCAGUCCCUCGGCCCAGUGACAUGUUCUAUGGAAAAAUUAUACCAGCGCUAAAGGAGAAAGGCAUAAGAAGAGUAAUAUCAAGGAGAGACUGGCCUCAUGAUGUUAAAAGGAAGGUUCUUCUAGAUCUCAUGAGCGAGACUCCUAAGCAACUUCUUCAUCAGGAGCUAUGGUGUUCUAGUGAGGGAUUCAAAGCAUUUAGUUCAAAAUUGAAAAGGUUUUCUGGGAGUGUGGCAGUCAUGAGUAUUGUUGGGCACAUUCUAGGCCUGGGUGAUAGACACUUAGAUAAUAUCCUUGUUGAUUUUUGUACUGGGGAUAUUUUGCAUAUUGAUUACAAUGUGUGCUUUGACAAGGGGCAGCGACUGAAGAUCCCUGAAAUUGUUCCAUUUCGUCUUACCCAGAUGAUGGAAUCAGCAUUAGGGCUAACUGGCACUGAGGGUUCCUUUAGAGCAAACUGUGAGGCUGUUUUAGGUGUUUUGAGGAAGAAUAAGGAUAUAAUACUGAUGUUAUUAGAGGUUUUUGUGUGGGACCCACUUGUGGAGUGGACACAGGCUAAUUUUCAUGAUGAUGCAGCUAUUGUUGGUGAGGAAAGAAAGGGCAUGGAGCUUGCAGUAAGCUUAAGUUUAUUUGCUUCUCGUGUCCAAGAAAUUCGUUUUCCCCUGCAGGAACAUCAUGAUCUUUUGCUCUCUACCUUACCAGCAGUUGAAUCAACCAUGGAGAGGUUCACCAGUAUUCUAAAUCAGUAUGAGACCACAUCAAGUUAUUUCUAUCAGACAGAUCAAGAACGAUCUAACCUUGUACAACAUGAAAAAUCUGCAAAAUCAGUUGUUGCAGAGGCUACUAGUAAUUCUGAAAAAAGUCAUGCCUUGUUUGAAAUGCAAGCUCGAGAAUUUUCCCAAGCACAGACAAUAGUGGUGGAGAAAGGCCAAGAAGCAGCAGCAUGGGUGGAGCGUCAUGGAAGAAUUCUUGAUGCGUUAAGGAAUAAUUCAAUUCGUGAAAUCAAAGUCCGUGUUGAGCUGACUGGUUUGGGUGAAGCUUUAUCCCUUACAUCUGCAGUUAUAGGGGCUGGGGUUCCUCUAACUGUAGUUCCUGAACCCACACAAAUUCAGUGCCAUGAAAUUGAUAAGGAAGUUUCUCAGUUAGUUUUUGAACUGGAUCAUGGGCUUUCUUCUGCAGUUUCCGCUCUCCAAGUGUAUUCAUUAGCUUUACAGCGGGUCCUGCCAUUGAAUUACCUUACAACAAGUCCAGUGCAUAGAUGGGCACAAAUUUUGCUUUCUUUAAAUACUAUCACUCCUGAUGUGAUAUCAGUUGCGCGGAUACAGGGUGCUGAACUCAUUACCAGUGGGCCCACUUACAAAUCCGGCUCUGUUAAGGCCAAUUAUGAUGAUCUCUGCCUUAACGUGACAAAGUUUGGUGCAGAUAUUGAGAGGUUGGAAGAAGAGUAUGGAGAACUUGUUAUGUCCCUUGGCCAAGAAACUGAAUCAAAUGCCAAGGAACGGAUUUUAUCAGCUUUCACAAACCACAUAAAGCGUGCAGAUCUCAAAAUGAAAGAGGGAUCUGCUGUUUCUGAGCCAGAGAAGUAUGAAGGAAUGAUGAACUCCACAACCAACUGGGAGCUUGUAGAGAAAAAAGAAAACUUUAUACGCAUUUUGGAUACAGCGGUUAGCAAUAUGUUUCAUGAUGUUCAUCACAAAAUAAAUCAAAGCCUGGAACAUUUUGGAGAGGAAAGAAAUACAAACAGUGGCUUGCAGGCUGAUCUUGGAUCUUUUCUUUGUGUAUUUGAAGAACAAAUAGAGAAAUGUUCGCUUUUAAUGGAGCUUCUUGAUGAGCUCAGGCACCAUGCUGGCCUAGAUACAUGUGACACUGAGGAUGACAUUAAUCAUUCUUAUGCCUACCAGGGUAGAUGGGCUUCUAUCAUUAGGAAUAACAUUCUGUUUUGCAAAAACCUUAUUGGUACCAUAACUGAAGUUAUACCCAACCUUUUAAGAUCUGUUAUCUCUUUUAAUUCUGAUGUUAUGGACCUUUUUGGAUCCAUCUCAGAAAUUCGGGCAUCUGUGGACACAGCAAUCGAUCAGCUUGUCCAGGUUGAACUGGAGAAAUUUUCUUUGGUUGAACUUGAGUCCAACUACUUUGUGAAGGUAGGUCUUAUCACUGAACAACAGUUGGCUCUUGAGGAAGCUUCUGUCAAGGGUAGAGAUUGUCUUUCCUGGGAAGAGGCUGAGGAACUGGCCACUCAAGAAGAAGCAUGCAGAGUGCAACUGGAUGAACUCCACCAGACUUGGAACCAAAAGGACCUAAGAACAACAUCACUUACAAAGAGAGAAGAAAACAUUAAUAGCACUUUGGUGGAUUCUGAACUUCAUUUACAAUCUCUUCUUACUACUGAGCAUGAAGAGGACCAACAUAUCUCAAGAAGAAAAGCGCUUCUGCUUGCCUUGUUCGGACCUUUCACUGAGUUGGAAUCAGUCGAUGAAGCAUUGGUUUCAAUGGUUGAGCCUCUUUCUUACAGCUCAAGCAGAUUGCCUUCCCUUAUAGAAUCAAUAAAUUCAGGAUGCUCAGUGUUUGAAUACAUAUGGAAGUUUCCUGGUUUAAUGCGCCGCCGUGCGUUUUUUAUAUGGAAGGUUCUUAUGGUUGAUCUUUUGCUUGAUUCCUGCACACAUGAUGUGGCUACAUCUUUUGAUCAAAAUAUAGGAUUUGAUCAGCUUGUUGAUGUUGUAAAGAGAAAGCUUAGACGUCAGUUUCAGGAGCACAUUGGCAAAUACUUGAAGGAUAGAGUUGUUCCUUCUUUUUUGACAAGAUUAGACAAAGAAAUCAAGGUCUUGAGGCAAAGGACAAAUCCAAGUAAGAAUAUUGCAGCCGAUCAAGUUCAAUCAGAUUUCGAGUCAACUAAAAGAAUGCAACUAAUGCUUGAAGAGUACUGCAAUGUGCAUGAAUCUUUCCGGGCAGUGAAAUCACGAGUAUCCAUCAUGAACAGGCAGAUUAAUGAACUUAAAGAUGCUCUUCUGAAGACUAGCAUGGAAAUUUCUCAGGUGGAAUGGAUGCACAAUGUUACCUCGAGACCGUUGGAAAAUGUCUGGCAAGCUAUUCAAAAAUAUCUUCCAAAUGAUGAUAACUUGCUACGAAUUAUAUUGAACACCAGUAGGCCAAAAUUUCUGGAAAGUCUAAGAACUUCUGUGGGAAAAAUAGCUAGGUCAGUGGAAUGCCUGGAAUCUUGUGAGGGGGCUUCUGUUACAGCAGAGGCGCAACUUGAAAGGGCUAUGAGCUGGGCGUGUGGAGGCCCAAAUGCUAGUUCUUCCGGAAAUUUUCAAGCUAGAAAUUCUGGAAUACCUCCUGAAUUUCAUGAUCAUUUGAUCAAGAGACAAAAAAUGUUACAGGAAGCUCGAGAAAAUGCAACAGAUAUUAUGAAAAUCUGCAUCUCUAUAUUGGAGUUUGAGGCAUCCAGAGAUGGGGUUUUUAGGACUACAGGAGAAGUUUCAGCAAUGAGAACUGGAAUGGAUGGUGGAAUGUGGCAACAGUCUUAUUUCAAUGCAAUUACAAAGCUGGAUGUGGCUUAUCAUUCUUAUUCUAGAGCCGAGAAAGAAUGGGAGUUUGCACGAAGCAAUGUGGAAGCAGCUUCCAGUGGCUUAGCUUCUGCUGCCAAUGAACUUUCAAUUGCUUCAGUAAAAGCGAAUUCUGCAUCAGGUGAAAUGCAAAGUACACUUAUAGCUAUGAAGGACUCUGCCUAUGAGGCUAGUGUGGCACUAUCAACAUACGGGGGCAUUGUUCGAGGCCAUAGUGCGCUGACUUCUGAAUGUGGGUCCAUGCUUGAAGAGGUAUUGGCCAUCACUGAAGAUCUGCAUGACAUACACAAUCUUGGAAAAGAGGCUUCUGCAUUACACUCUUCACUAAUGGAAGAGCUUUCGAAGGCUAAUUCGAUUCUUAUUCCACUUGAGUCUCUACUAUCAAAAGAUGUAGCCGCUAUGACUGAGGCUAUGCCUCGGGAAAAAGAGACAAAAUUGGAGAUAGCCCCAAUUCAUGGGCAAGCCAUAUUUCAAUCUUAUCAAAAUAGAGUCAAGGAGGCCUUACGGGUGUUCAAGCCCUUGGUGCCAUCUCUUACUUAUUCUGUCAAGGGGCUUUACACUGUGAUGACAAGGCUUGCAAGAGCUGCAAGUCUUCAUGCUGGCAAUCUUCAUAAAGCUCUUGAAGGACUUGGAGAAAGUCUUCAAGUAAGGUCACAGGACACUGAUCCAUCGAGAGGAGACCUUACAGGGCAAGUUGCUGAGUAUGAUGACACCCAGGAGAGCGAGAUAUUCAUAAGAUCUGAUGGGGAAACUGAUGAGGAUUCUGUUGAACUAAAUGACCCUCCUUUAGCAGAUAAUGAAUGGAUAUCUCCACCUUUGAGCAUCAGCAGUAGCAGCUCAGAGUCGAGUGCUACAUCAGCAGAGGCAAGUAUUGCCGAUAGCUUGAACGAUCACGAUGUGACUUUACCAGUUCCAAGUAGUACAGGCAGCGAAGAAAAAGAUGAUUGUUUGGGCCCCCUUAUCUCCCAUGUGACUAAUCCACUUGAAUCACCACUCGGGGAAACUGAUCCUGAAAAUAAUCAGGAGACCUAUGAUGUGCAUUCGGUGCAGAAAGAUGGAGAAUCUGUGUUAACUGAAGACAAGACGGAGGAUGAAUUACAGAGAGGUGUCUUCACUAAUGUAGAGUCAAUUGGCCAACCUUUCGUGGGUAAAAAUCCGUAUGCAAUGUCGGUCCUACGACGUGUGGAGAUGAAACUCGAUGGAAGAGAUAUAUCUGAUAAGAGUGAAAUCAGCAUUGUAGAGCAGGUUGAUUUUCUGCUCAGGCAAGCCACAAAUAUAGACAACCUGUGUAACAUGUAUGAAGGUUGGACUCCUUGGAUUUAAUCCUGAGAACAUUAUUCCAUGUUUUCUACACGGAGCACCCGGAGAAGCUUCUCCCUCCAUAAAGGGAAGUUCUUUGUGAAUCAUCUCAUCAGUUUCCGGGAAAUGAGGUUUGCAUAUGGACAGAUGAGUGUUCUGCGCGAAAGGCGCUUAUGCAGAGCAGGUUAUUUGGACCUAAAUCCAUGUGUGCCCCCAUGAAACAAAUUCAGCUUGUUAUGUCCAAAAGAUGUUUUGGGGGACGCUGCACAGAUGUUAUUACAGGCGUUGGCUCCAGCCUUUGCUCGCUGCGUUCUUUCUUGAACCAGAAGGCCAGAGGAUUGAAUUCUCGUGCAUCUCAUGUGCUUAUCGGAAGUCUUAUAGUGGGAUUCAUGUCCUUGCAGCUAUCUGUUCAUCUAACGAAAAUCUUGCUUUGUUCUUAAAGAUCUCUCAGGCUCGCUGCGAUCACAAAUUCACAGUCACAAUCCCACCGGUCCUGUGCCUGACUGAUGAAACAAAGAGCUCCAACUGAUUGAAGCUGUAUUAUCCUGUAAGAAAAAAUCACUUCGUUUUAGUUUAGUCAGUGUGUCGAUAAUAGUUCCGAUAUUCCUCACAUAUUUGCUAUGGCGUUUUUACCUCCUUCAGUAGUCAAUAAUUAAUAAUGCGAUAAUAUGUGCAAAUUAGGGCCACUUCACUUCAAUGAGAAUUAUUGAGACACAGCAAGAUAUUUGCUAGGCUACUUUUGUCUAUAGACACGGAUGGAUGGAUACAAAAAAUAUACUCCGUUGAUUUGA